AUGCUAGGGUUGGCAAAGAGGAUCGGAGCACGCUUCUUGCUAACAAGCACCAGUGAGGUAUACGGCGAUCCUCUCCAACAUCCUCAAGUCGAAACCUACUGGGGCAACGUCAAUCCUAUCGGUGUCCGAAGCUGCUACGAUGAAGGAAAGCGAACUGCAGAAACGUUGACCAUGGACUACCAUAGAGGUGCUGGCGUCGAGGUACGGAUUGCAAGGAUAUUCAACACAUAUGGUCCUCGGAUGUGUAUUGACGAUGGACGCGUCGUUAGUAACUUUGUUGCUCAGGCACUAAGGAAAGAACCUCUCACUGUUUACGGUGAUGGCAAGCAAACAAGAAGUUUCCAAUAUGUUUCCGAUUUGGUUGAAGGUCUAAUACGAUUAAUGGAAGGAGAACAUGUCGGACCUUUUAAUCUUGGAAACCCCGGUGAAUUCACCAUGCUCGAACUCGCCCAGGUGGUCCAGGAGACAAUAGACUCGGAAGCGAAAAUAGAGUUCAGGCCAAACACGGAAGAUGAUCCACACAAAAGAAAGCCAGAUAUUACUAAAGCCAAAGAGCUUCUAGGAUGGAAUCCUAAGGUCCCUCUCCGCAAGGGUCUUCCUAUGAUGGUCUCUGAUUUCAGACAACGCAUUUUUGGCGAUCACAAGACCACCACCACCGCCACCUCAACAUAGGUGAUAGGUGGGGUGUUGUAUACAGUAAAUCAGUUGUAUUAUGUUAUGAGUCUUAUGACUCCGUUCUCGAU